AUGGGCCCCUAUGAUGGUCAGUAUCGCGUCUAUCGCAACCCAUUGCUAGCAAGGCUGAAGUCUCCGCGCUGCAGGUACGGAUGGCAAAGGAAAGGAGACGAGUCGCCGCCGGAGCAGGCAGCCGCGACGAAGCCAAACCUCUCGGACUCCGAACCGGCUGAAGUCCAGAGACCUUGGGAAAAGGGCCUCGGCGGCCGCGGGGGUGACACCGAGCCGGAUGCAGCCUGCGUAGCUCUGCCAGUGCCCACACCUUCUAGCCCGCCGCCCGGGCCGCCGCGCCAGGUCCAAACCCGGGCCGCAGCCACUGACACCCAAGGGGGCGGAGGAGAAGGCCAGGGGUCCGACGGCGGCCGGGCGGCACUGCGUCUGCGCCGACCGUGGGCAAACCAAGGCAAACGACUUGCUGGAAUUAAAGGCAUAUUGCAGAUAUUUAUUUACGUGCCUGUUAUGUACAAACUAUUAGGAAAAGUGGAACGCAGGCUUAGCUCUGUGGAAGCUUCCGAUUGCCUGAAGCAGAUGUGGACUGUGCACUUAAAACAACCAGAAAUGCCUGGGCACUUGCAGGAGGGCUUCGGCUGCGUGGUCACCAACCGAUUCAACCAGCUAUUUGACGACGAGUCGGACCCCUUCGAGGUGCUGAAGGCAGUGGAGAACAAGAAAAAAGAAGCCAGGGGGACGGGGCGGGGUGGGGGGGGAGCCAAGAGCGCUGCUCAGACCCCGGCCCAGGGCAACUUCACCGCGGCCAGCAAGCAGCUGCCCAAGGAGUCCCAGAAGGACCGCAAGAACCCGCUGCCCCCCAGCAUCGGCGUGGCAGACAAGAAGGAGACGCAGCCGCCCAUGGCGCUCAAGAGAGAAGGAAUAAGACGAGUUGGAAGAAGAGCUGAUCAACGACUUCAGGGUGAAGGGAGUGAUAGAAGACCAGAAAGGCGACCACCUCGUGAACGAAGAUUUGAAAAGCCACUUGAAGAAAAGGGUGAAGGAGGUGAAUUUUCAGAUGGUAGAUCGAUUAUUGACCGAUCUCUUAGAGGCCGUGGUGGUCUUGGAAGAGGUCGAGGGGGCCGUGGACGUGGAAUGGGCCGAGGAGAUGGAUUUGAUUCUCGUGGCAUACGUGAAUUCAAUAGGCGUAGCAGAAGUGAUAGAUCUUCUUUUUCACAUUACAAUGGCCUGAAGCAUGAAGACAAACGUGGAGGUAGUGGAUCUCACAACUGGAGAACUGUCAAAGAUGAGUGAACUGACUUGGAUCAAGCAAAUGUUACUGAGGAAACACCUGAAGGUGAAGAGCAUCCAGUCGCAGACACUGAAAAUAAGGAGAACGAAGUUGAAGAGGUAAAGGAAGAGGGUCCAAAAGAGAUGAUUUUGGACGAGUGGAAGGCCAUUCAGAACAAGGACCAGGCGAAAGUAGAGUUUAAUAUCCGGAAACCAAAUGAAGGUGCUGAUGGACACUGGAAGAAGGGGUUUGUUCUUCACAAAUCAAAGAGUGAAGAGGCUCAUGCUGGAGAUUCGGUUAUGGACCAUCAUUUCCGGAAGCCAGCAAAUGGUAUAAUGUCUCAGCUGGAGAUCAAUUUUGGAGACCUUGGCCGCCCAGGACGUGGUGGCAGGGGAGGACGAGGUGGACGUGGGCGUGGGAGCAGGACUCACAAGUCAAACCGUGGGAGCAGGACUCACAAGUCAAGUGCUUCUGCUCCUGAUGUGGAUGACUCUGGCUUAACUGGAUGCCAUGAGACAACCCUGGUUCCUUUGUGGACCCUCUUGUUCAAAGCUUUUGCAUGCUUAAGGAUUCCAAAUGACUAAGAAAUUUUUUAAAAAAGAUAAAAAGACUGUCAUUCAUGCCAUUCACACCUACAGACUGAAUUUUAUCUAUUUUGAAAAUUAACUUCUCUCGCUACACAGAAGUAACAAAUAUGGUAGUCAGUUUUGUAUUUAGAAAUGUUUUGGUAGCAGGGAUGUUUUCAUAAUUUUCAGAGAUUAUGCAUUCUUCAUGAAUACUUUUGUAUUGCUGCUUGCAAAUAUGCAUUUCCAAACUUGAGAUAUAGGUGUGAACAGUGUGUACCAGUUUAAAGCUUUCACUUCAUUUGUGUUUUUUAAUUAAGGAUUUAGAUGUUCCCCCAAUAACAAACUGAUUCUAAGUACUGGACGUAUCGGCUUUAAUACCCACUUUGCAUUUUCACACAUGGUCAACCAGGACAUGUAAACUUUGGUUUGUUGGAUUUUAUGCUGUGUGGAAUACUAACUACUUUAUGUAUUUUAACUUAGUUUUAAUAUUUUCAUUUUUUGGGAAAAAUCUUUUUUCACAUCUCAUGAUAGCUGUUAUAUAUAUGCUAAAUCUUUAUAUACAGAAAUAUCAGUACUUGAACAAAUUCA